ACAUAAUCUGCCAUUUAAAAAAAAAGAAACAGUCGGCCACGCUUGCUACAGAAAUCAUUUCACGUUUUGGGGAUAAAAUUCCCCAACAAUUUCGUUCAAAUAUUGCUGUAAUACCUAAUAAAUUGAAGAAAACACUCCUGUAAUACCUCAAAAUUCACAAUGGCAGAUUUAGACGAUUUCUUCGCAAAGAAAGACCGCAAAAAAUCGAAAGUCAAAAAGUUCGCGACUGCUGACGAAUUAGCUAAAAAAAUGGAUGACAAUAAGCAAAAAGUUGAUGUUCGGCCGAAGAAAGAAAGACCAGCGCAAGAAGGAGACGAGCCUGGCAGAGCUGGGGAGGAAGAAGAAUGGAAAGAAUACGAGGAGCCCGUAAAAGACUACACGGGCCUCAAGAUACAGGUGCUGCAAGGCGGCAACGGAGCCCCCGAGUCAGGCCGGGACUCGGCCGGCGAGAGCGCCGCGCCGGAACACGGGAAACAGAAGGGGCCGUGGAACAAACCUGCGGAAGUAGAGCAGCCCCCGCCCCCGCCGCCCGUGGAGGAGAAGCCGCGCGAGAGCAAGCCGGCGGCGUACGUGCCGCCCGUUCAGCGCGUGCGCCCCGCCGAGCCGCUGCGCCGGAACCAGGCCAAACACGCGCCCGACAUCCACAACGACGACUCGUUCCCGGUGCUGGGCGCGGGCGGCAAGCGCGGCGGCUGGAGCACGGCGGCCGGCAGCGGAGCCCUGCCGCCGCCGCCGCGCCAGCCGCUAGCGCUCGGCAACCGGUUCACCUCGCUGCAGGACGACAGCUAGCCAGGUACCAGUAAGCAGCUCCGGGAAGCGAAGAAGUGAAGUGAAGUGUCAGUAAGGACUUUAGAUGCGAAGUCUGACGCAUACAUACAACAUACACGUUUCAAACAGAACAGUGCUGAAUUUAGGUCUAGACCCACACAUAGAAGACAUCUCGUCCGGUGUCAUAAAAGAAUUCUGUUCAUGUCAGACUUAUAUCAGGGUGGAUAUAGGUUUUACCAAUUCUUGAGGUACUUACUGCAAAAUAUUUUUGAAUAUAAAAAAAAAAACUUAAAUAAACUAUGGUUAAUAGCAGAACUGAUUCUAUGUGACAUCUGUUAUUUCCUUCUGCUUUUUCUUCUCAUAAUUAUUUAAUCUAGAAAUCCUAUAUUGCAGUACCUACUUAAAGAAAUGGACUAUCAUUUGUCUAUGGAUUACACUGAAGCUCCAUGUGAUCCAUAGACAUUGUAAGCAACGAUAUUUUUUUUUUUUGAUCUGGACGAGCCGCGGCUCUGAUGUGUGGGAAUAGAGUUUUAUACGGGCUUGUGGCCGCUCUGUCAGAUUUAUAAGGCUAUGUCUUUUAGGAAUUUGUAUUACGAGAAUAAAAAAAUGGGAAAAUUCAAUUUUAUUUUUAAAUAUACAGGGUCACUAAUUUGAUAAAUCUGCACAAAAAAAUUAUUAAGGUGAAAUUUUAUAAAAUAAAAUCCCAUGCAAUCAAUAAAGGUCGGUUCUGCCUUAGGCCCGUUUAAAAUAACUAGAUUAAGUGGCUCUAUAUUAUUUUUCAAGUUGUCACUUCGGACCUAAGGCUUCUAUCUGAAAAUUACCACUAAAAAGCUAUAAAGACUAGUGUGAAAAGCUUCGCAUACUAAGAUAAAGACUGAAAAAAAUGAUAAUUUUCUUUCGUAGAAGCCUUGCCCGUAUAAACGAAUUUAUACGCAAAUAUAGUCUUAUAAAUCUAACAGGUAUGACUUGAUAUCCUGCAAGUCAACAAAAAUGCGGUGAAAAGGCAGUUGCCGUAAAUAAAGUCUUCAUAUUAAUGCUCAAUUUUUUUUACAAUAAAGAAUAAUGGCAGUUUCGUUUUUAAUUAUAUUUUUCAUAAAAAGAAGCUGACAAUAAAAAUCAAAUGCCUAAUUUCCACGUAUAUUAACUGUGUCUCAAAGCUCAUUUAUUUAAAAAAAAAAGAAUCAAUAUGGCAACUGUCUAAAAAAGUGUAAAAGCAAAACAAAAGUGUUCUAUAAUAAUUGUUAUUUUUUAUGUUUGUAUUAAAAAAAAUGCCUGCGGGCGGGGUUGCUAUGUAAAAUGAGCUGAUUAGUGAAACUAUUGUAAAAAAAAUGUACUCAAAUCUUAAAUAUAUGUUAUAUGGCAACCCCCGUAUUGGGAGCGAGCGUGUCUGAACAUUUUGGAAACCGCCGGCCGUUUGGGUUACCUGUACAAUAGCUGUUAUGUACCGUCUCUUUGGAAACACUGUAACAUAGUAAUAAAUUAUGUAUUUAAAACUGGA